AGUAUAAAUAUUUGCAUUGUGAUCCAGACAAAAAAGCUUAUUCUUAACAAGAAAUUGCUUGUUUUUUUAGUCGAGACUUUGUUACAGUUUUUUUUGCUUCGAAUCUGUAUCGUGACAAUAUAUACCAACAUGAACGCUUUCAUGUUAACGAGAACAAAGCCAAACAUUUUGUUUUGUUUUGUUUUUAUAAUCUCACGAUAGCCUCAGUUACCGCGUCGCACUGGCACAAACUCUCGUCCACUCCUUUCUGCAAAUCUUUCCCUCAACCUCUGACACCAAUGCCUUGAAAAGAUUUCCAAGAGUAUCAACAUCAGUACUUGGAAGCAAAUUUCACCAAAAUGCUUACCUUACCAAAAACAAAAAUGCUCUCCCUCUGUCGCCCAUUCCUUUCCCUUGAUCCUAUCCUAUGGUUGCCCAUGACCAACAUUGAACGGAGUCGUCUUAUACGAUGGCGUCUUGGGUGGCUACCUGAGGGCUCUCCUAAGCCGUGUUCUUGUGGUCAACAUCUUUCACAUUCCCAUGCUAUCAAUUGCCUCAGUAUGCAUGUAAUGCUAAACCAACCUACAACUGUUUCCGAUCCUUUGUCUCGCCUUUUAAACCGCUUGCCUAUAAUACCUCCUAAGAACAACCGCUCAAUACUUUACUGGGGUGUCAAAUGGACCUCAAUCCACACACUUCUAUCACAAAUUGACACUAUACAACAUGCUAACAUGGAGCCGUUGAACAUUACUCCAACCAAUCAAUUAUCGCCCUUCCUCCUAUGGUUACAAACCUAUGCCCACAAAAACAUUAGCCCAACACUCUCCUUUCACAAGCUUUUUUUAUCCUUGCUCCUCUAAGGGUUUUUUCAGUUUAAUUAGUCCUUCUUAUGAAAUGACCGAGUUCGAGCGAUUAAAGGCCAAAUUAGGUCGUGCGCUCAAAAGGACUAUUUAUAAAU